AUGGUUGUGAUCUCUGAACUUUCCGGCGGCUCCAAUGGCGGUGAUCCAUACAAGAAUCCUCAAGAAGAAGAAGAAGAAGUGAAUCAAAACGAGAAUCCUCAAGAAGUUGUAGAAGUGAAUCUUGCUCCUGUUACUCAAGAACUUCCUAAAGGUGUCAUGGAGAUCAUCGUCGCUCGCGUGCCAAUAUGUUAUUACCUGAAGCUAACUCACGUAUGCAGAGCCUUUCGUCAACUAAUCGCUUCGCAACAGCUCUUCCUAACUCGCUUGCGCCACGGUGUCACCGAAUCGGUUCUUUAUGCAUUGAUCUCGCUCCCAGCACUUGAUACCCGACGCUGGUUCAUUCUUCAUCGUAGCAACAUGUCUUCACGAUUUAUCAGAAUAUAUUCUUCAUUUCCUCCCACGUUUCCUGGAUCUGCUGCCGUCACAAUCGGACACAAGAUUUACGUAGUGGGUGGUUACGUCGGCUUUUUGCAACCCUUAACGGAUGCUAUUGUCAUCGAUUGCAGAUUCAAUACGUGGCGUUAUCUCCCAAAUAUGCAAAGGGCUCGUUUCUAUGCAGCCGCCGGAGUGAUCGACGGAAAGAUUUAUGUAAUCGGUGGUCGCAAGAAACAAGAUGAUGACUGGAUCGAAGUGUUCGAUGUAGAGCUUGAGAUUUGGGAGACUGUGCCUAGUCAAUGCCCUAACGAUGCUAGUGCGAGUGGAAUAUUUGGUACGUCUGUGGUGAUGCAGGGGAGAAUCUUCAUUUUGGAUCAUCUGAGUUGUUUGGCUUACGAACCAAGGCAAGGUCUAUGGCAGUCAUGGGGACUUGAAAGUCAACUUAAGAGACUUUGGCGCCCGUUUUCUUGUGCGGUUAGAGAUUUGUUGUAUUGCCUUGAUCUUACGCUUUCUCUUGGACAUCCAAUAGUGGUAUAUUAUCCGAAUGAGUUGGUUUGGAGACCUCUGAUGGGCGUAUCCACUUCUCAAUUGCCUAUGCACAGUUAUGAUCAUUGGUCUAAGAUGGUGAAUUUUGGUGGCAAGUUGUUGAUUUUGGGCGGCUAUCACGGGAGAGUACAUGAUGUUUGUUGUGUAGAGAUUGCGUUGGAAACACGUCAAGGAGGUCAGAUUUGGGGGAAUGUGGAAUCGACCUCGCUUGUGUAUACAGACGACCUGCAUUCGGCUUGCAUUGAGAUUUGUCUAACUGUUACGGUGAAGUUUGAGCAGCUUGUUGAUACACGGGAGCAAGUAGAGAUGAAGAUGAACACAGUGAUUUAA